GGACGAUUCCCCGGCGUCUACCUCCUGUCCUCCUCGCCCCGCCCCGCCCACGCCACAGCGGCGGGGCCCGCACACACACCUGCGUCCAACCCCUUCUGUCCAUGACAGCUGACCCCCACUGGAACACCGGCCCCGCGCGUCAUAAGGAGAGUAGGCGCGCGCCCAAGUUCCAGCGGGCAGUGGCCAGCAGCGCAGCAGAUCUGGCGCUCGUCGCAGGCAAGCUGAGCUGAGGCAACAAGGCGCGACUGCGCGACGCAAGGCAGGCACCCCCAUCCUCACAAGUCACGCACAGGACGAGAAGAUACUUGUUUCUCCUAGGAGGCCAGGACUCCGCUCACCAACUCCAGGAUUCUUCCAACUCCCGCUGCCCGCCCGCCCGCCCGCGGCGCAUCAUUCCUUGCCACCGCUCCACGCCAAUCCCAAAUCCUAAACCCCGCGCCGAUGGCCACCACCCUGCCCGGCCCCAUCCGCUUGCUGCGCCUCUCUUAUACGCCGGCCCGGCAACCGCUAGAGCGGCUCGCUGCUUAAUCUGUGCCUGCUAAUUCGCGUGGAUUUCAUUUGGGGAGUGGGCCCGGCGGCGGCGGGACUGGGACUGAGAGGGUGGCGUUGUUGCCGGAGGGGGGUGCUGGGUCGAGAUGCUGGGGUCGGGGCUGAAUCUGGUGACCACGGUGAUCGGCUUCGGGAUGAGCGCCACCUUCAUCGUCUUCGUCUGCGCGCGCCUCAUCUGCGGCCGCGCCGCACGGGCCGACGCCGAUGCUGACGCGGUUGUGGUCGCAGCGGCGCGGGCGCUGGCGCAGCCCCCCGCGCCGUUCGAUUUCGACAUCGAGUUCCGCACUGCGGAUCUCAACCGCACGAUUGAGCAUUCCCGCAGUGGGUUGGAUCCUUUUGUUGUUGCUGCAAUUCCUACAAUGAAUUAUAGUUGUGAGGCCUUCCAUUCAAAAGAUGAUGCCCAGUGCUCUAUAUGUUUAGGUGAAUACAAAGAGAAAGAGAUACUGCGUAUCAUGCCUACAUGCCAACAUAAUUUUCAUCUUGAAUGCAUAGAUGUAUGGUUACAAAAACAGACGACUUGCCCGAUAUGCCGGAUCUCGUUGAAGGACCUCCCUGGUGCAAAAGCUACUGCAUCCCCUCUCCGUAGCCUCCCUCAACUCUUGGGCCGUUCUGAGAGCCCUGUCAAUAGAUCGCCUCAUUGGAUACUUCCAAUUCAUCGUGAUAGUACUGGAGGUAGACAAAACAAUCCAGCCUCACAGGAGUCACUUGAGAUGAUCAUCGAAAUGCAGCCACAAAGAUAAUAAGGGAUACAGGGUUGAAAUCAAGAGAAAUUGGUGAGGCUAAACUGUUUCUCUCGAUCACCAGAAGUAUCUGCCAUUGCAGAAACCGUACCCAGCCUGUUCGUCCUGCAGCAUGAUACUUGGGUACAGAAUGAGAAUGAGAGCUCAUGCAUUUGUUGGCCUGGUGUUUAGGCAUUCUUUGUACAUCUCGAGUUGUAAAUUAGAGAGUUGUCUUUCGCCACGUCUGUGCGUGGUUCUUUCGGUGUUCUUUUUGAUGUGUCGUUGGUGUAUGCUGUAAAGAAAUGAUAUACUGAUCUGAUUCGGAGCUGCGAAAAUAUUUGCAGCGGCUCCGCACUUGAAUAAAUUGCCAGUGCUCAAGGGAGCAUUGGCUCAGGAACCUGCAGAAACUGGUGAUCUCCUAUUUCCCAGCUCUGAUCUCCCUGCUCUUUUCUUCGUCCUGAUGUUAUGCAGCGAAGCAGCUUCCCUGUCAAUGCGAAAUUGAAAACUUCCUCCUGUGUUAGCAACUUGCGGUUCGCUCCUUUUUUCAGGCUG